GUCAAGAAAACACGGGAAGAGGCAGCUGCAGCUGGAUCACUUUUUCACCGAAACACGUCGCGAAUCUUCACCCUAAAACCAUACUUCCUCUAUAUUCAUGUAGGAAUCAGAGUUAGAACGUCGUGUGAGUUUAAGAUGUGGGAGUUGUGUCUUUGACCCAGGGCACCUGCUCCAGUACUGUGUGGAUGAUGGAAACUGUGUCCCUUUUGCUACAUCCUCCCGCUGCAAUGAGGUGACUCGAAAAAAGCUCUCAAACCUACAUUCUUUUACCAGCCAUUCUAUAAUCUGUGGUGCACAGAGGAUACAGAAAUACACCACUACCAUGCUGCUACCAGGACCACUGUGGCUGUGUUUGGGGCUGCUGUGGGUGGGACAGUCCUAUGCCCACAGCCUGUUCACCUGUGAGCCAAUCAGAGUGCACCGAUGUCUGGAAAUGCCAUACAACAUGACCUUCUUCCCCAACAUGAUGGAGCACUAUGACCAAGACAUAGCAGCUGCUCAAAUGGAGCCUUUUAUGCCGUUGGCAAAGCUGCACUGUUCUCCAGAUGUGCACCACUUCCUGUGCAAGGCCUUUUAUCCCUCGUGCAUCGAGGAAAACAACGUGUUUGGUCCCUGCAGGGAGGAGUGCAAGACAGUGCUAUCCGACUGUGCAGAGAACAUCCGUGUUUUCGGCAUCACCUGGCCUCCUGAGCUACAGUGUGACAAAUUGCCUUUAUGUGGUAUACCCGACACAGACUCCUCAUUACAAGCCACCACUCCAAUGAAAUCCUCUGCAGCAAAGAGAGACCUUGGCUUUUGGUGUCCGCUGCAGUUCAAGACCAAAUCAGGUUUUGGAUCGUCUUUUUUAGGAGCCCAGGACUGUGCACCACCUUGCUCCAACAUGUAUUUCAAACCACAUGACAUAGACUUCGCAAAGAGCUUCAUCGGUGUGUGCUCAAUCAUUUGUCUUGGAGCUACACUGUUUACUUUCCUCACCUUCCUCAUUGAUGUCAAGCGUUUUCGAUAUCCGGAGCGGCCGAUUAUUUUCUACGCAGUCUGCUAUAGUUUUAUAUCAUUAAUAUACUUCAUUGGAUUCCUACUGGGGAACAAAGCAGCCUGCACCGAGCCCUUUCACCCAACAGGCAUGUUUACUGUGGUCCUUGGAUCCCAGAGUAAAGGAUGCACUCUGAUCUUCAUGUUGCUCUACUUCUUUACUAUCGCCGGUGUCGUCUGGUGGGUCAUUCUCACCAUCACCUGGUUCCUGGCAGCUGGACCCAAGUGGAGCUGUGAAGCCAUUGAGAAAAAAGCGGUGUGGUUCCAUUCAGCUGCAUGGGGAAUCCCUGGUGCUCUGACUGUCAUGCUUUUGGCUCUAAAUAAAGUUGAGGGCGACAACAUUAGUGGCGUUUGCUUCGUGGGUCUUUACGAUUUGGACGCUCUCCGCUACUUUGUCCUGGCCCCUCUGUGUGUGGGUGUUUUGGUAGGACUCUGCCUUAUCCUGGCUGGUAUUGUCUCCCUUAACCACGUGCGGCAGGUGAUUCAGCACGAUGAGAGAAAUCAGGAGAAGUUGAAGAAGUUUAUGAUUCGAAUCGGUGUGUUCAGCUGCCUGUAUCUGGUGCCACUGGUCACACUAUUGGGCUGUUACACCUAUGAGCAAAGCUACAGGAGCAAGUGGGAGGCAACAUGGCUCAGAGAAAACUGUCAGAAGUACAGCAUCCCCUGCCCAUCCAAGGAAGUAGAGCCCGAGCACCCAGACCUGACCUUGUUUCUGGUGAAGUACUUGAUGACAUUAGUGGUGGGGAUCUCUUCAGUGUUCUGGGUCAGCAGCAAAAAGACCUGCUCUGAGUGGGCCUACUUUUUCAAUAGGACACGCAAGAGAGAUCCCAUCAGUGAGAGCCGUCGCGUUCUUCAAGAAUCCUGUGAGUUUUUCCUAAAGCACAACAGCCGUGUCCAGCACAAGAAAAAGCACUACAAAUCAGGUGCUCACAAACUCAAGGUGGUCUCUAAAUCUAUGGGCACGAGCACUGGAGGAGUACCCACCAGCCCCUCUGUCUCUGUGGGCACAAACCAAGGCCCAGCACUGUCCCCUCAUGCCCACCCACCUCAAGGCUCCCAUUCUGAGGCAUCAGUCAGGGAGCACUUGGAGAGGGGAGUGUCCAGCCGGAGUUCACGUCGGGACAGAGACAGAGAGAGGGAACGAGAGAGGGACGGGGUGGAGAGACGCAGUAAAGGAAGCAGCUCCGGCAAAGUCAGCAGCCUGUCAGACAGCUUAGCCAGAGUGGGUGAUGGAAGGAAUACUCCUAGAAGUGACCACUCUGACGCCAAGAGGAUUUCCCCAGUCCAGCAUCCAGCUUUAAAUCUCUCCCAUAGCAGCACCCUCCAGGACUCCAGCCAAAUCCAACUGGUGCACAAGGAUCCUGAGGAGAGCAAGGAGACAAAAGACAUGAACUGCUGAAAAAUACGACUCUCUCACCAUGAACCUGUUUCAACUUAAGUGUCCAUAUGUCUUUCAGACUCAAACAGAUGAUUUAUUAGCCCCAGUAUAUGUCAGGUAAUACAUCAUGCCACUGCUGUCUUAUUGUAACAUACCAGGCAUAUUUGAAUGGUAUAUUUGGACAAUUUUUAACUUAUAGAAGACAUUUAGUUUAACUGGACUAGUCUUAACACUGGACAUUUCACUUUUAAAGGUCAUGCCAAAUGUAAUGCUGCAAGUCCUUCUGUGACCUAUGGUUUUGAAUGCUUAAUGAUACAGAGCCUGUAGUUUGAUAUUGUUUAGAAAAGACACUGUUUUUGUCGAGUUAUUGAAUAUUGUGAUGCAUUGUUUUCUGUUCUUUCUAAGACUGUCUCAAACUUUUUCCCUGUGAAUCUGUAUUAUGUAACUUUUUUAUAACGCCUUUGGUUAAGCAUGACCUCUUUAAUUAUUCUUUGUUUGGGAUGAGUGCUGUUGGUGUGAUGGUUUUCAUUAUGAAAUGUCUUAUUGGCGUUGCACUAUAUUUUUAGAAGCACAAAGAGUGGGUUAAAUAAUAAUUGUGGCUUAUUGUUGGGUGUGUUAUAUAUACAGACCUUGCAUCUUUUAAGCAUUGACAGAUUUAUUUCUGUCUCUAAUCAUCUGUAUUUUUUCAUGUUGAAGCUACUGUCUAUAAUGUUGUUCACGGGAUUCCUAUUUCUAUUCCAUAGUAUGUGAGCAUCAACACUUCUUAAAAGGGAAAGUUUAUUAUAAGUGUCAUUGUAUAUCAAAACCUCAUUGGUUUGUCUAAGCAAUAUAUUGUAUAAUUAUGUUGUACCGUUUCAUUUUAUACAAAUAAAUCGUCAUUAUUUUCUAUUUA